AUGUCGAAUUCCCAUCUAUUUCUCAAAUCGGGCUUCCCACGAGCUCCACUGCAGAAUGGAAUCGGACGUUACGUGUGCCAGCUUCAAAGAAUAACACUGAAAUACUGCAAAACCAGCGGUUCCAGCAAAGGCAUGCGAGAGUUUCUUGAACACGACCUCGUAGAUUUCAGCCGAGCUAACCCAGGAGUUGUGGUGUACGUUAAGCCGCGCCGGCACCGCACGGCUGUAAUGUCCGCUGAAUUUCUGAACGGCGAGCGUACUUGGAUCAACUGUCGCAACAAUAACCGAGAGGAAAUAUCGAAAUGGAUGCAGGUGCUGAAGCAAUCAAAUGGUCAAUCUGAAGAGAUGCGCUUACGUAAACAUUGGCACACGGACGUCCCGAGCGUGCAAGGUGCUUGGACACCGUUUACACAUCGUCACCCGUCGUCAAAUGUUACAGAAUUUCCAUGCAAACAAUUGUCGGCACUAAAAGCCAACGAACCAACUGCCACGGAAAAACUGUUACAGCUGUACUUGGCACAGAGAAAUACAGCUUCUGAAAACGCACCAACAUCGACAGAAGAAGCAAAAUAGU